AUGACAACCAGCAGCUCAGUGGUCGCAGAAAGGGAUGAAACUGGACGUAUAUUCUACACCACCGUUGGACAUAGUACCGAUAUCCCAGCCAAGAAGGUACGCACCGUAGCAAGCCUCCCAGCCCUAUCUCAUCCCACAGCUUCGCGACAGACCGCACGUACCACCGAUACUUCCCGAGACCGACUUUUCAAUGAAAAACCCUUGCAAGCUCUAGGACGUAGCAUCUCAGCGAUAUUCCUCCCAGCUGGAUAUCCAAACACUGUCACUCCUGAUUAUCUGCACUAUCAAAUGUACAAUGACGUGCAGGAAUUUUGCAGUUCUUUGUCAGGUUUACUGGCUUCCAGAGGCGCGCUCGAAGGUUUUGGAGUGGGAAAUGCAUCAGCAUCAGCAACUCAGGCGCUCCUUUUAUCAGUCCUGAAAGAUGUUUGUUCGCGGUUCACAACCAUAAUAGGCGCCUAUUACUUUGGUACCUCGCUAUACCCCGAAACCAAAACAUUCCGCUUUCUCGCAGACGUCAUCAACGACACAUCUAUCGUUUUAGACACUAUAUCCCCAUAUUUCACCAGCAUAUCCCUAUCCACCACAUCUCCAUAUAUCCCUUCAGGCUCGACUCUCCAAGUCGCAGCGUUGUGUAUGAGCGGAGCCAUGAGAUCUCUCUGCAGUCUCGUAGCAGGCGGAUCAAAAGCAGCACUCACAGACCACUUCGCUUCACCCGUGAACAGCAAAGGUGACGUAGGCGAAUUGAACGCUAAAAACGCGAGCAGAUCAACUGUGGUUGCAUUGACAGGCGUCUUGCUUGGAACGCUUAUUGUUCCUUAUAUCACGACCCGCACCUCAAUUUACACCGCCCUUUUCUUUCUCGUCUUUGGCCAUCUUUUAGCCAAUUAUCUUGCGGUGCGCAGUGUCGUACUCCGAUCGUUUAAUAGGCAACGGUCUAGUAUCCUUUGGAGUACAUUCCGUAACACAAAAGCAGGAGCAGACGGACGUUCUGUCGGGUUGACCCCAAGAGAUGUAUCGAACCGAGAGAUAAUUCUAGAUAUUCCCAGCCGCAUCCGCGAUGCAGUCGCCGACCGAGUCAUCGGACACUGCUCAUUAGGCGUAUCAGUGCAGUACGCUAUGACACGCUGCAACACACCGCACGUCCUCAAGAUGCUUCAGCACUUCCAGGAACAACCGUAUGUUCUCUUUGUGGCGGAGUCUCGAUCGUGGGGGCAACGCGGACCGUGUAUCUUGGUGUCUUUCAAAGAAGGAUACGGAUCCCUGGACCAGUUACGUGCUUGGUUGCAUGCGCUGGAGAUAGCUGCGAUGUGGAGUACCCGACAUAUGCGUCCCAGUGUUACUAGUCCUAGUGAAAUCGAGGACAUGGCGCUCUCGGCACAUGAAACCCUCAGGAAGGAGUUCUCUGGUUUCAUGAGGUGCAUGAAUGAAGCGGGGUGGAAUAUUGAUGAAGGCGCGAUGACGAUGGGGUCGCCGGGUAGUGUGAUUAUGUCACCUGAGACUACGAAGGAUGCAUGA